UGCAGUAGUCUAAGUAAAGGAAGCACUUUCCACUGACAGCUGUGCAAAGUGUCACUGUAGGCAGAUUGAGCUCCGCCUGGGAAGCGCGCAUGCGCAGGGAGAGAAGCGGAAGAAAGCAUCAUGUCGGUAGAAGAUCCAUUUUUCGUUGUCAAGGGGGAGGUGCAGAAGGCCCUCUCUCGUGCUCGGACCCUGUUUGAUAGGUGGGAGGAACUGUUGCAGGAUGGAACCCAGGUGAGUCGUGAUGAGCUGGACUGGAGUACCAAUGAACUGAGGAACUGUUUGAGGGCCAUAGACUGGGACCUGGAGGACCUCAGCGAAACCAUCAGUAUUGUGGAGUCGAACCCGGGGAAGUUCAAACUGGGUGACAAUGAGCUUCAGGAGAGGAGAGGCUUUGUGGAGCGAACCAGAAAAUCUGUCCAGGAGAUGAAGGACCAAUUAUCCAGUCCUUCUGCUGUGGCUCAGGCAGAGAAGAAGAACAGACAGGCUCUGCUGGCUUCACCUGGCCAGGACACAUCAACGGGACUGGAGGCUCAUCUGGUGUCGGCAAACUCCAGAUACAUCCAGGAGCAACAGGAACAGCAGCAGCUGAUCAUGCAGGAGCAGGACGAGCAGCUGGAGCUGGUGUCCGGCAGCAUCAGAGUCCUCAAAGACAUGUCAGGACGCAUCGGGGACGAGCUUGAUGAGCAGGCUGUGAUGUUGGGGGAGUUUGGAGACGAGAUGGACCAGACGUCAUCCCGCAUGGACUCGGUCCUGAAGAAGCUGGAGAAGGUGUCUCACAUGACCAGUAGUCGGAGACAGUGGUGUGCGAUUGGUGUGUUGGUCACCAUCAUGAUCGUGGUCCUCAUCCUCUUCUUCGCUCUCUGACGUCUGUGACCUCUGGACUACACCUGCCGACUCCCCCAUCAGGACAGACGGAUACAGGAAGUGGGAUGAGUCUCUCCUCUUCCUCCCCCUCCCCAUCCCCUCCUUUCUUCACACUGAGGAGAAACCGGUGGCCUGCGGAGAGAAGUCAUGACUGAAUCCUCCUUUCUCUGCUGUAAUGAUUCUGGUGGGACAAAAACUGCUGCACCAGAGCUCAGCACCGGGCGAACCCUGGUGCUGCUGUGUAUUUCACAUUGGUGCAUUCUGGUUAUUGUCGGAAGCAGCGGUACUUAAUGGGACAUCAGGACAGGAAGAAAGACACAUCUGUAAACAUUUUAGCUGAUAAACAUUUUGUCUUACUGUGUACAUCAGGAUUUGAGAUUUUAAAGUAGUUUUGUUGAUAAAUCAGUGAAUCAGUUUGGAUUGUUAGGGAACUUCAGCGUUCGUUUCUUUUCAAAACUAUAAAGCAGCCUUGUUUUCAUCAGUCAUCAUUUUUGAAUGAUGCUGUGCUCAGUAAUAAAGCACAAACGAUCUAAUUUGUAAAUAAGAACUCUAAAAAUUUUUAAAAGUAUUUUAUGGAAGGAGAAAGGGGACAGGCGGUUUCCGUCACCGAGAACAGUUAACGUGACCUAUUCAUAUCAGUUGACUGGUGAAAGCAGAUUAUUAGCAUGUUGAUCAGCCAAAAAGUCGCUUUUGGACAAUGUUCAGUGCAGGUUUAUUUACAGCUGAAUCAAGCAAAACUACAGUGGUUAUGUGUGUGUGUGUUUCAGUGUUGCCUUAAAUAUAUUUUUAUACCAUUGUGAAAUGUGCAGGAUGUUUAUGUGCCUACAUGUGAGUCAGGGUGGGGAAUCAACUUCCAGUCCCAGUAGGCUCCGGAGCUGGGACAGUAGUUGGCCAGACGUCGGCAGGUUUUCCUUCCAGUCCAACACGACAGCAGCUCCUGUCAUAGAGGAACACGGUGUAUUAGAGGUCAAAAUAAAAAGGAGGCUGCCUAACCCCCAGUACUAGACGCUGGUUUAGUUUGUCUGUCGGCCACUUUGUCACAAGUGUACAGGUACCGGCUCUGUGGCCAGCAGACAAACCGUUCGCUUCCUGCCCUGAUCUGCCUCAGUGAGGUGAAGUCAGGCCUGCAGCCUGGCCACUUUGUGCCUCUGCAGGUGGUUAAGCACACGGUUGGCUGAGGCUCCGUUACUCUCACUGGGUGAUGAGCGACAGCCUUGGCUCAGACUGAGUGGGUUUGUCUGUUUUAUUGAACAGGGUUAGCUAAUGAGGAGGAACAGUUGCUGGGCAGGAUGUCAAAACAUGCAGGCCUGUGGCUCCCUCUGCUGGAGGCUGUGCAUUGAUAUAUAUAAUACGUAUAUGAAUUUUGAUGCUUUAAAUGGACAUUUCUAAUCGUGUGAUUUUUAUCACCCAGUGACAGAGGAGUUUUCUGACAUUUCCUGAGACUCUCACUCACUUGAUACAGGUGGUUUUCAGCCAGAACUCUUUGGCUUUUAGUGCUUUUACAAAUUCAAGCUCUCAUUCCUUAAAUGUUUUAGUGGGGAGAAUUUAACACUUGGAAAAUGGCUGCAAGCAUAGCUGAAGCACUCACGUGGUUUCAGCUCCCUGUCAGUUGUCUGCAGGUAAAGACAUUUUGAAACAAGGAUUUCAAUCUCUUUUGUACAAUUGAAAAGGCUGUUCUGUUAUACUUUCAAUAACCAUUUUAUUAGGUACACCUGUUUAAUCGAAUGCAGUCCAAUACAACUGCUCAGCUAUAAAGUCGACUUUUAUGAUGCUGAUGAUCAGUUUUUUUUUUUAUGUAGUCAAAGUGCUGACUCGCUUGUAUUUUAGCAGUGAGGUCAGAGCUGGUGAUGUAAUGUAGUGGACUGAAUUAUGCCGAGAGGUGUUGACAACACUCUGACCCCCCUCCUGUAUGCAAACAGGAGGAGGACAAACGGAUAUAAUGCAGUCCAGUAAACUUCACUUGUAACUACCUCUGUUAUAAACAUAGAAUUAAAGUUUACAUCUUUGACACUGUCAAAAACGGAGCGCUACGAGCUUUGUCAAGAUGUUAUGACAGAACAGUUCAUUGUACCAGAGUGCAGUAGAUUGUACAGGUGUACCUAAUCAAGUGGCCACUAAGUGCAUCUCCCAAAUCACCUCCUACUUCUGCUGUUGGCCAAGCAAACCUUGGUACUAAAGUUAAAUGUAGGGAACUGACCUCUGACUGGUGAAACUAAACAUCUCCAUUAGGUCAAGUGCCAGUGAUCAGAACUGUGACUGAGCGGAGCCCAACUGCCAACGUUUGGCUGAAUGUCUUUUCUGUUGCUCUGGUAGUAAACCAGACUUCUUUGAAUGAAUUGUUUAUAACAGUUGUUUGUUGGUGGAAUGUUGCACAACUCUGCCAUUGUGUGCUUUAGUGCCAAACAGCACAUACUGUAUCUGCAGCUGUCCUGCCUUUAGUAACAGGCAAACAUUACUUCUUUUCAGCGCUAUGUAUGUUUUGAUUUUACGUAUUGACUUCACAGACACUACAUAAAGGAGAAGUGUGCUGCUGCUUGACAAAACCAUUACAUCUGCACUAAGUGAAUCAUGUAUGAUUGUUUUCUUAUUGGCUCCUAGAGGUUCUGAAAUUGUUCACUGGGGUUUUUAAGUUUCAUUAAACUUGCUCAACAUGAA